UUUAAUAUUGAUGGGUAUUUGUAAAUGCAUAGCCAAGAGUGCUCAAACUCCUUCUGCUUUAUCUUUAGGUAUAUUUUAGAUCGAUAAGAAUUUACGUCCUACAAAGAUGCCUAUGAAGGGAAUGGUGGAAAUUUAAGAGACUAUAAGCUUGAAGAUCCCCCUUUAGGAUAAGGUAGAAGUGUUAUUUUAUUUCGUAGGCGCGUUUGGCACAGUUUGGAAAGCAGUUCAUAUAGCUAGCGGAUAGUUAAGAGCUAUCAAAUAAAUCAAUAGGCUGAAAGCUAAUGAAGAUGAAUAUUAGUAGAUAAUCAAUGAGGUCAACAUAUUGCGAUCUUUAGUAUUUAUAUGAGACAGAAUGAUAGGAUCACCCUAACAUAAUCAAAAUAUUUGAUUAUUUUGAAGAAAACGAUCAUCUGUAUAUAGUUACAGAAUUAUGUACUGGUGGAGAAUUAUUUGAUAAAAUCAUUUAAUCUAAUUACUUUUCAGAGAAAGAGGCUGCACUGGCAAUGAAACAAAUCUUGUCAGCAUUAAAUUAUUGCCAUUAAUCUAAGAUAGUUCAUAGAGACAUAAAGCCUGAAAAUUUAUUAUAUGAUCAUGAAGGAGAAGAUAGUUAAUUAAAAAUAAUUGACUUUGGAACUUCCUUGAAAUAUGGGAAUUAAAAACUUUAAGAAAAGAUAGGCACAGUAAGAUACAAUUAUACAAUAAAUUUUAGGUAUAUUAUAUGGCACCUGAAUUGAUCGAUGAAAGAUAUGAUGAAAAGUGUGAUAUUUGGUCAGCAGGAGUUGUGCUUUUCAUAUUAUUAUGUGGUUCACCACCAUUCGAUGGGGAAACGGAUGAUCAAAUUGUAAAAAGAAUAUAAUAAGGAAAUAUAUAUUUCGAACAGUAAUAAUGGAAAUCGGUUUCUAAUGAAGCCAAAGAUUUAAUUAUGUAAUUGUUAAAUAAGAAUCCUAAAAAGAGACUAUCAGCAAACAAGGCAUUAUUGCAUCCUUGGAUAUAAAAAUAUACGUCCGAAGAAUUGGAAGCCCCUGAACUAAAAAAUGUACUUAACAAUAUGAAACAUUUUCGAGUAUUUUUGUAGUGUUAUAUAGACAUCCCAAAAAGUAUAGGAAGCUGCCUUUCUGUAUAUUGUUAAAUAGUUCAUUUCCAAGGAGGAGAAGUAAGAAUUGCAGAGGUUUUUUAAAUUUCUGGAUAAAAAUGGAGAUGGAGUAUUGACGAAACAAGAAUUAUUAGAAGGAUAUAAGAAGGUUAUAAGUCAGUCAGAAGCAGAGUUGCAAGUUGAGCAAAUCAUGAAGUAGGUUGAUAAAAAUGAAUCUGGAUUAAUUGAUUAUUCAGAAUUUGUUGCGGCUACAAUUAAUAAGCAAAAAUUGCUAUAACAAGAUAUUUUAGAAUAAGCAUUCAAAGCAAUUGAUAAUGAUAAUAAUGGAGCAAUCACAGUCGAAGAAUUAAAGCAUAUGUUUGGAGCAGGGAAUAAGAUACCUUCUGAGACAUGGACUAAAUUAAUGGAAGAAGUGGAUAAAAAUGGAGAUGGAGUAUUAUCGUUACAAGAAUUCAAAGAAAUGAUGUUAAAGCUUUAAAUUGAUUGA